ACGGUCACUCUACACAGCCGCAACAAAAUAAAGAAGGAAAAAAGGCAAAUUGGGUGGAAAACUGGAUUUCGUCGGGCGGAAAAUUGUACUUUCGAGUUUACCAAGCAGCCAAUUAAGUGCAAACUAUGAAAUUCCACGAAAAACAGUAAAAGCCCGUCUGUAGCAAGGAUUUGAGCAGGAAACUUCUCGCUGGGCGUGUGUGUGUGCAGUGCGUGUGCCAGUGUGCGCGAAGAAGGAGGUGGAGAAGACGGAGGAGACGAGAGUUUUCGCAGGGAAAUUACGCCAACUUUGUGGGAGUUCAAGUCGAGUUAGUUCGGCGCGCGCGUGUGUGUGUGUGCGUGUGUGCAACACCCCCCAAGCCCACUCACACAAAGCCAGCCAGCCGCCGUUUGUUUUGUGCUCACAUUCGCGUGCCGCCUUUGUUUGGCUUUCCUUUGGCCAGUGAUUCUCCGUCUUGUUUUCGCCCGCCGCCGGCUUCGAUUACGCCUGCUCCAGCCACCGUACGACACCCACUCCGCUCUCCGCCGCUCCCGAUCCCCAUUCCGGAUCCGGAUCCAGCAACAACGCCGCCGUGGAUGCCCAUGCUCGCACUCUGGGCUCGCUCGCCCAGGACUUUGGCAUGGGCGGCGGCUCGGGGGCGUGUCCGCCCGCCCACAUGUACGGCGCCGUAGCCCCGCAGGACAUAAUUGUCCGGGACAUGGUGCAAAUGCCGCCGCCGCCCUCGAACGCCCCCACAUCGGCGGACGCCUGCCUGAGCAUCGUCCACUCGCUGAUGUGCCAUCGGCAGGGCGGCGAAAGCGAGGGAUUUGCCAAGCGAGCCAUCGAGUCGCUGGUCAAAAAGCUCAAGGAGAAGCGCGACGAACUGGACUCCUUGAUCACGGCCAUCACCACGAACGGAGCCCAUCCCAGCAAGUGCGUGACCAUACAGCGCACCCUCGAUGGUCGCUUGCAGGUUGCUGGACGCAAGGGCUUUCCGCACGUCAUAUACGCUCGGAUUUGGCGCUGGCCUGACCUGCACAAGAACGAGCUGAAGCACGUCAAGUACUGCGCCUUCGCCUUCGAUCUCAAGUGCGACUCGGUGUGCGUGAAUCCCUACCACUACGAGCGCGUCGUCUCUCCGGGCAUCGAUCUGUCCGGCCUGAGCCUGCAGUCGGGCCCCAGUCGCCUGGUGAAGGACGAAUACUCAGCGGGUCCGCUGGUGGGCAGCAUGGACAUCGAUGGCAACGACAUCGGCACCAUACAGCACCAUCCCACGCAAAUGGUGGGGCCCGGCGGCUACGGAUAUCCACAGGGUCCCUCUGAAUAUGUUGGCGAUGCCAAUCCCAUGAGUGCAAUGUUUCCCACCGGGCGCACAAUACCAAAAAUCGAGCCCCAGGACGGAGUUGCUGGCUCGCGUGGCUCUUGGAUGGUGCCGCCUCCCCCCCGGCUGGGUCAGCCCCCGCAGCAACAACAGCAGCAGCCGCAGCAGCAAACCCCGCAACCUACACAGCAGCAGCAGGCACAAUCGCAGGCAGCUGCUCACUCACUCCCUGUACCACACGGUAUGCCGGGCAUGCCUGGUCCAAUGAAUCCCGGUCCCGUGAUGGCACCCCCACCCCCGCCGCAGCAGGCUCAGAAUCCCCAGGGCAAUGGGGUGCACCAUACCCAGGCCAAUUCGCCCACAGAUCCCGCCUCCGCACUGGCCAUGCAACAGCAGCAGCAGCAACAACAGCAACAACAGCAGCAGCAGCAACAGCAGCAAUCAGGCGGUGUGCCCAAUGGAGCAGUUAAUGCCGGCGGUGGAGCAGCAGCUGGAGGGCAGUACUAUGGACAGCCACCUCCUGUUAGUCAGAUGCAAGGUGCCGGUGGCGGUGGCACCUCGGUGGCCCCGUCCGUCCACGCCCAGCAAAACGGCUACGUGUCGCAGCCAGGAUCCGCGGGCAGUGCUCCCGUUGGAGGUGGUGGCGUCUUUGGCACAGCCCAACCCACCCCACAGCAGCCGCAGCAGCCACCGACCGGUGUGCAGGCCAAUACUGGGUCUGCUGGGGCUCAAGCUGGCGGAGGAGGCGGUGCGGCUGGCACCUGGACAGGACCCAACACCCUCACCUACACGCAGUCUAUGCAACCACCAGAUCCGCGCUCUCUACCAGGGGGUUUCUGGAACUCGUCGCUUUCGAGUGACCUCGGCUCCCCGCAACAGACGCCUCCGCAGCAGCAACAACAACAGCAGCAACCACGCCUCCUGUCUCGCCAACCGCCUCCGGAAUACUGGUGCUCCAUCGCGUACUUCGAGCUGGACACGCAGGUGGGCGAGACCUUCAAGGUGCCGUCAGCGAAACCGAACGUAAUCAUCGACGGCUAUGUGGAUCCCUCUGGAGGCAAUCGGUUCUGUCUCGGCGCCUUGAGCAAUGUUCAUCGCACUGAACAAUCGGAGCGUGCCAGGCUGCACAUCGGCAAGGGCGUGCAAUUGGAUCUGCGCGGGGAGGGCGACGUCUGGCUGCGCUGUCUUAGUGACAACUCAGUUUUCGUACAAAGCUAUUAUCUGGAUCGCGAGGCAGGACGCACACCUGGCGAUGCUGUGCACAAGAUUUAUCCGGCCGCGUGCAUAAAGGUGUUUGAUCUGCGCCAGUGUCACCAGCAAAUGCACUCGUUGGCGACCAAUGCACAGGCAGCGGCUGCAGCUCAGGCGGCAGCCGUGGCCGGAGUGGCCAAUCAGCAAAUGGGCGGCGGCGGAAGGAGCAUGACCGCUGCGGCUGGAAUUGGCGUGGACGAUCUGCGCCGGCUAUGCAUCCUGCGCCUGAGCUUCGUCAAGGGCUGGGGACCUGACUACCCACGCCAGUCCAUCAAGGAAACGCCCUGCUGGAUCGAGGUGCAUCUGCAUCGCGCCCUGCAGCUGCUGGACGAAGUGCUGCACGCCAUGCCCAUCGAUGGCCCGCGUGCCGCCGCCUAAUCCGUAUUUAUUAUUGGCCCACAUCUAUGCUAAGGACUCAGUUUUAGCGGCAGCUAUCCGGCAGCUAUUGCGGAUUUUGUGUUUUUUAUUUGCAAUUCUGAUUACGAUUAUGUUUGCCUUUGAUUAUUUGAUAAUAAUUUUUAUAAAAAAUUGAAACCACUUAGAAGUCUUAAGUAUGCAGCUGUAAAGCACUAAGCAUCUAGUUUUAUGUACUAUACUUAAAUAUACGCCCACACAACACCGGAGAUACUGAACAAGCGGCCAAUGUUUGUUGUCCAUUUCCUGCCACGCAAAUUACAAAUUACGAAUUACAAAAAAACAAGCAUACACAGCAUUACAAUCAUCCAAGCCACAGGGCAAAACAAAAAGAGACAUCGACGCACCCAUAAAUACAUUCAUUUGAUGUAAAAUGCAGCAUAAAUAAGGCAAGCGAAACAAGUAGAUGUAACAUAAGUGUAAUAAACAGACCGUGAAAUUACGAUUCUAAAA